AUGAACACGUCGACAGAAGUCAGCCAUAAGCGUUUCAAACUACGCAAAAAGCUUCUCUCAGGAACAUACACGUUCGUUCCCGAAACAACCGGCGGCGGCACUGACUACUCGAUGGACAUCAAACCACGCACAAACUCCAAGAUGCCUUUCAUGUUCCUGUUUGAAGGUAAGAUUGUCGUGGGUAGCGUCCGCAGGCCAAUGAACUCGGCCACAUUUGAGGUUAGCCUCGGAAAUACCGAAAACAAGGUGCAACGGGAAGAAUGGAGGGCCAUGCAGCGUACAGGACGUAAAGAAGGCACAUGGACCGUUCCCAGCUCUUGUACUAGCGGUAUGAAGGAGGUUGCAUGGAAGGGGACUGUCGAUGUUGCCGUCGACGGGAUAUCGGCAGGGCUGAAUCGACCAGGAUAUCAGCUAGUUGACGUGUCUAAUGACGAGUCAGAUGAGGUGCUGGCGGUUUUCACGCCGAUGAAGGGACUGUCAAAGGGCGGUGUGCUUCAGCUGAAUGUGUAUUGGGGAGAGGAAUUUGAGCGCAUGGUAAUGUUGACGUUCAUGUGCUUGUACGAUCGUAUUUCGACACAAGCUACUGAUGCAAUUGGGAGAGGAGCUGCUGGAGGUUUCUAG